UGCGGUUUUGAAUAAACUACAAAUUCCAGCCUGCCAUCCGUCUCUCUCUCUCUCUCUCUUUUUUUUGCUCCCGCAAUAUAGGAGUUUGGGAAACCUUGUAUUUAAUGAAAUCGGGAUGUAUGAUGGUGGCUGGAAAACGGAGAAGCAUUUUGUGUAUAGGUCUCUAAGAAAUGACGGAUGGCUUUGGUGACAAGGAGCCGUUGGGCCCAUAACGGGAGUAAAAGGAACAGAAUUUAAGGCACCACCAGCAGAAAGGAGCCGUUGGAAGUGUGUUUGACACCCGGUCUUGCCAAACGUGCACUUUCCUGUUAGCUUCCGGGUGAGGCUGAACCUCUUCAGUCCCGGUAGGCUGAGGUCCAAAGUGCCGUUCAAGAUGGAAGUGAAUCCCCCUAAACAGGAGCAUCUGCUGGCGCUGAAAGUAGUUAAGAUAUGAAAGAACCUGCAUUAUGAUCUUGCAGCUUUGGGUCUGGUUAGGAAGCCUAACUUGCAGACUCUGGAAGAUUCCAUUCUUGUGCCAGUGUGCUAUAUGUUGGAACCUACUAUUCUUGACUUAAUUCGAAGCAUCUUGGGGACUUCUUGAACCAGGAGAAACAAUAAAGGUCCUGUUUCCCUCUGAGUUGGAAAGAGAGACAGUCUUAUAAUUAUAAUUUACAUUCUAGCUCUGAGGAGCUCGGCUAAAAUUUUCUCGUCAUUAAGAGUAACUGGAUUACUGCAGAAUGACCACAGAAGUAAUAUUACAUUAUCGACCAUAUGAGAGUGAUCCCACACAACUGCCAAAAAUUGUGGAAAAAGCAAUUCAAGACUUUCCUACUCGUCAGCUAUCAAGAUUUAUUCCUUGGUUUCCACAUGAUGAGUCUAAAUUUGUGCUUAAACCUAAGAGAUCACCACCUGUGAUUUCUGAAGAGGCAGCUGAAGAUGUGAAACGGCACUUGACCAUUUUAGAACGUGAUGUUAAAUCACAGAGUUAUGAUUGCACAGUAGAUCUAUUGGAGUUUCAACCUAAUUUGAAAACAAAGAAUCAUUUAAUCCGGUCACACACACUAGUGAUGCGGUUGACCAAGCCUACUUUAUUCACCAAUAUUCCAGUAACGUGUGAGGAGAAAGACUUGCCUGGAGAUCUGUUUAACCAACUCAUGAGAGAUGAUCCUUCAACUGUAAAUGGUGCAGAAAUUUUAAUGUUGGGAGAAAUGUUGACUUUACCACAGAAUUUUGGGAAUAUAUUUUUGGGUGAGACCUUUUCCAGUUAUAUCAGCGUUCAUAAUGAUAGCAGUCAAGUUGUAAAAGAUAUAUUGGUGAAAGCUGAUCUUCAGACAAGUUCUCAGCGUUUAAAUCUCUCAGCCUCCAGUGCUGCAGUGGCUGAACUAAAACCUGAUUGCUGUAUUGAUGACGUCAUACAUCAUGAAGUAAAGGAGAUUGGAACACACAUCUUGGUGUGUGCAGUGAGUUAUGCAACUCAGAGUGGAGAAAAAAUGUAUUUUAGAAAAUUCUUCAAAUUUCAGGUUCUCAAACCACUGGAUGUGAAAACCAAAUUUUAUAAUGCAGAGAGUGACCUCAGUUCUGUGACUGAUGAAGUAUUUCUUGAAGCCCAGAUUCAGAAUAUUACGAACUCACCUAUGUUUAUGGAGAAGGUUUCAUUGGAACCAUCUAUAAUGUACAAUGUAGCAGAAUUAAAUGCUGUCAACCAAGCUGGAGAAUGUAUAUCUACGUUUGGUUCAAGAGCAUAUUUGCAGCCAAUGGAUACACGCCAGUACUUAUACUGCCUUAAGCCCAAGAAGGAGUUUGCAGAAAAAGCAGGCAUCAUUAAGGGAGUAACAGUAAUCGGAAAAUUGGAUAUAGUAUGGAAAACAAAUCUAGGUGAAAGGGGAAGGUUACAAACCAGCCAACUUCAAAGAAUGGCUCCAGGUUAUGGAGAUGUUAGGUUGUCUUUGGAGGCAAUCCCAGAUACUGUAAACCUAGAAGAACCUUUCCAUAUAACCUGUAAAAUAACAAACUGCAGCAGUGAAAGGACUAUGGAUCUGGUUUUGGAAAUGUGCAAUACCAAUUCUAUCCACUGGUGUGGCAUUUCAGGAAGACAGCUUGGAAAACUACAUCCAAGUUCCUCUCUCUGCCUUGCCCUUACUCUGCUGUCUUCAGUACAAGGACUGCAGAGUGUCUCUGGCUUAAGACUAACAGACACAUUCUUAAAGAGAACAUAUGAAUAUGAUGACAUCGCACAAGUCUGUGUGGUAUCUUCGGCCGUUAAAAUGGAAAACUGAAGAAAAUUUCUAAUGUUACGCUUUUCAUUUAGUUUCACACAACUGCUUUCUGUAUUUUUGUCAGCUUUGUAAAAUGACCAAUUUAACAACAAAAAUGAGUAUGUAUGAUUUAAAUUUCCUGUAUAACUGAGUUGUUUAAAAUAUUAAAUAUUUGUUUUGAAAAGAACUAUCUGGUUUUUAUAUUCUACAUGAACAUUUGUACAUUUUCCACGUCUCAUUUCAUUUUCAGUGACCUUUGUACUUUGUUAUCCAAAUGUACUCUAUUUGAGAACAUCUGUUGCUAGCAAGCCUCUAGAAUGGCAUCAGCAAACUUUUGUCUGUCAAGGGACAGAUAGCAAAUAUUUUAGGCUUUGCAGGCCAUGUAGUUUUUGUCACAACGACUCAACUCUGCCAUUGUACGGCGAAGGCAGGUAUGGACAAUUGUAAAAAAGAGUACUGGCUAUAUUUACAAAAGAGGUAGCAGGAUGGAUUAGGCUAUAGUUUGUUGACACUGAUCUAGAAGAUAUUUAUUUCUUACAAGUUUGGAAUUCUCUUGAUAUUUUAUCAGAAAUAGUUCAGUUACCUUAUUUCUACACAAAUUAACGCAUGCCUCCUAUGUUUGUUUGCCAACUGCGCCCUCCCCGCUCAAGGUAUUUUCAUAAGCAUGCUAUGCUCACUUUUUACAGCAACAUGUCAGAGAAAAGGGGCAUCACAGCGCUUAUGAAAAUACCUUGUCGGCGCAGGGCGCAGUUGGCAAGCAAACAUAAAUGGCGUGUGUUUUUUGCAUUAAAAUAUGGUGACCCAUGUUUUCUUGCUUCUUCAGUCAACAGAAAAGGUAUUUGUUUAAAACAAUUGGGGUAGUCCUUGAAUAACCUGUUAUUUGCUAACACAGUAUGAGCUUUUCUAUUUUCAAAAUUAUUGUAUUGGGGCUGUGGUAUGUACGUACCUCUUUACUUUCAGUUACUAAACAGCAGAUCAGAAUUACUUUUAUUCCUUAGAUGGUUGAUUACUCAGUUAACUUUUAAUUAAGUUAAAAAAGCCAAAUAAUAUUCUAAUUCUAAGCCAGAAAGUCCUGGUUUGUUUUUCUCUCCGUUGAAAAAUUAUCCAUUUUUUUCAUGUCUUAUUUAAAAGAUUUCCAGCUUCUGAUACUUGAUCUUGAACUCUGAAUCAAGUAUUAAUAUUGUAAUAAAACUUUCUAGCUCUGCAUGUAAUCAAACUUUUUUACUUAUGUCAUGAACAAAACAGUUAAGGUUGUAAACAACUUUGCAACAUGAAAGUUAUAAAAGUUUGAAUAUUUUGUCAGGAAAACAAAAGCUUAGCUGUUAAAUAAAAGUGAUCCUAUUUUGGGAAACUGAAAUUCAAGGGUGUAUAUAGAAUUUCUUAAGUGUAAGAGUGUAUUAAAGUCAAAUACAAAAAUCAGUUUUUCGUAAAUGCAUAAAUAUUUAUUGCCAUGACAAAUUGUUUGGUCCAAAAUGAAAGCUAUGGUCAGAAUGAGGUUUGCUUCCCAAAUCAGAGUAAUUAAUGAAAUCUCCAUGCAACAUAAAGUACAAGUACUGUAAAAUUAAAGUCUAUCUUUCUUCUGAAAUUAUUAAAAUUAAUUAAAAGAUGAAACAAGAUUUUGUAGCUGCUGCAUUGGGCAAUUUGAUUGUUUUUAAGCAUCUUCUCAUGACUGAACCUUCUGUUUCAAAUUUUAGAAGUUAGCGUAUAAUGGUCACUUGGAAUCUGCUAUACAAUUUAAUUAUAAAGUCUCUUAUGUUUAUAAACAAGAAACCAAACACGUAUUAUUCAUACUUAAAGGUUUAAAGGUUAGAUAAUGCCACGUUGGAAACAAUCUGUUUAAACCAUAGUAUACAAAGUAGAUAAGAAAUAAUUUGGUACAUUAAAUGAAAAUGUUAUCUGCAUAACAAAGACAUGUUCAGUUUUACAUAGCAUCUGUCAGCUACAGCUACCACAAUGAAAUAUGGUUAAUGGAAGUCAGGCAUUCCUAAGUAGAAUGUUUACAGAGAUUUACAUGAUGCCCUCUUGUUUC